UGCAGCCUCAGAAAUAAGAGGCCCUUUCUUUGUAAUCUAAUCGAUUGUCGAGCCGAGACGCAGACUACUGGGUCCACCACACUCCGCCGUGAUCCGUUUCUCUGCGUGUCACACCAACUUCCCAGAAUAGCAACUCGGGUCUGCCUUGUCUGCUGCCGCUGCCGCUCGUGUCUGUGCACUGUGCUCAUGAGGAGAUGGAGGAGGAAGUCACUGGAGGAUUGAACAACUGUUGCUUGAGCCGCUGCUACCUUUUAGGAACUGCCUUCGAGCCCCCCACCGGUUGGCGCAUGUCGGGCUACAAUGAAGUCAAGCUGAUGUGCCCAAUGUGGAUGAGUGUGCCAGUUCGCGGGAUCAUAUAAACUCCACAGUAUUGCACAGGGGAGGAGGAGAUACUUGGUUCCCUCCUUUGUCCCGGGCUGAUAUCCCCUACUCACUCUCUACUGGGGAUACACUUGAAGAACUCCCAAAGUGAAAUGGAAACUCCAGGUGGUUACUGCUCAAGUAAUGGCCAGUGCUCGCCUGGUAAAGAGAACUCCCGAAUGCUGGUGGAAAAGUCCAAUGGCCAGACAGCUCCCCAUGGUCCUAAGUCCCCCUGUGAAUUGACAAUCAAGCAGGAGGAUGAGGCCAUGGAGGAGGUGGAGAGUGGCAGUCCUGAUCUGGAGGAACUGAGCCACACUGGAGAGGAGGGGGUCCCACUGGAGGAGUCCAUGUCCAACAGCCCCAGUGCCCUGCAGGACGGGCUCACCGGGCCCAGUGCCCAGGCAGAGGGAGGCAGCCGACAGCCCAAUGGCGACAGGCCGUUCCAGUGCAGCCAGUGUGGGGUGUCAUUCACUCAGAAGGGAAACCUCCUGAGACACAUCAAACUGCACACCGGAGAGAAGCCCUUCAAAUGUCCCUUCUGCAGCUACGCAUGCAGACGCAGAGACGCCCUUACCGGACACCUGCGCACACACGCUGUUGGCAAGCCACACAAGUGCAACUACUGUGGGCGGAGCUACAAGCAGCGCACGUCACUGGAGGAGCACAAAGAGCGUUGCCAUAGUUACCUUCAAGGUAUUGGCCUGGAUCCCGGCGCAAACACCGGUCCAUACACAGGUGAAGUUCCUUCAGAACCAAGGCUCAUGGCAGAGCCCAACGUCAUGGCAAGUUUUGACAGACCUCCCGUUAUUGAGCGUCUGCACAGCAACGUGGCCAAAAGGAAGAGCACCACCCCCCAGAAGUUUGUUGGGGAGAGUCUGAUGCGCUACAGUUUCCCUGAUAUGGGAUAUGAAAUGGGCCUGAAGUAUGACAAGCAGGCGGAGCUGAUGCACGCUCACAUGAUGGAGCCCCCCAUCAGCACAGCCCUCCCUUACCUGGGCAUGCACCACCCAGGCCCCCCUGUCUCUAUGGUGGACGUGGUGCCUAUGGUCAACCCCUUGUUUCACCGAGUGGUGCCUCUGGGACGCAGUGAGCGGCCUGGGAACUGUGAGCCUCUGCCUCCCCCUCCGCCCUCAGAGUUCCCCCCUCAGCCCACCUCCAAUGGCCCCACAUCCUUAAACAGGCUCAGCAAGGCCCCACAGGGCAAAGACUCCCCCAAUGUCAGUGGAGAGGAGACAGUGGACUCAGCUCGCAGCAGUCCUCAGGAGAGACAAGGACAUUCAACCAGAGAGCGCCCACCCAGUGGCCGCUCCCAGGCCAGUCCUGCCCUGGGCGUGAUGGGGGAACGGGGCACAGAGGCAUCUCCCAGACCACUAGGGGGGCCCGGGAUACUGAGGAUGGCCACAGAACGCCCCGCCAACCACGAGGGCAUCCGCGUGUUUGGGCGAGAAGGAGAGAUCCGGGCCUUUCAGUGCGAUCACUGCAGGGUGCUCUUCCUGGAUCAUGUCAUGUACACUAUCCACAUGGGUUGCCAUGGCUACAGAGAUCCCCUGGAGUGCAACAUCUGUGGGCACCGCAGCAAAGACCGCUAUGAGUUCUCCUCUCACAUCGUGCGGGGUGAGCACACGUUCCAGUGAGAGGAGUUGAAGAAGUGACACCAGACACCGUCCUCAACCUCAACCUCUGACUACACACUUGAAUGUACAGGGGUGUAGCACAAUCACUGACUGCUUUAAGCUACUGUUGUGAAUACUGCUGAACAAUCAUAUGAAGGUAUGGCCAAAGACACAUUUUAUACAUAUUUAAUUACUUUUUAUUGUAAAAAACAAAAACAAACUGAAGGUAAAGUUUUCCCUCUUCUCUUCUUCACUGCUUCAGCAGAGCUGGCUGAUCUGUAGAGGCAGAGUCAUCUGCUUUUGUCAUGGUUAUUGUAUGCUUGUUUUAGAAAAUAUUUGUUUUCCUCUUUACAGUACUACAAGAUCAAAAGUGAUUGCUCCCCAACAUUGCACUGAAGAUACCCUUGCUUAAAUUCAUUUAGGUUGCCUCACAAAUAUAACCAGCUUCUUUUUACUCAAUUGGUCUCUAAAUUGCAAAUAGGAAAACGUGAGUGUUGUCUUAAUACCCUACAAUUAACUGGAUUAUUUAGGAGCUAAUGAAAGGUCCUCACCGCCUAUGAUGACAAAUGUGUUUUGCUUUUUCCAAUACCUUCUCCUCCCACUGCAAAUAUGAAGUUUAUGUUCUUAAGUUCCAUCAGCUUGUGGAAGUAAUCAUAGUGACAGUCCAAACUGUAUGUUUGUAAACCCUAAGCUUAUUUUCAUUCAUUAGGCAACUCUAUAAACAGCUUUCUCUACCCCCUUUAUUUUACGCAGUACAUUCGGCGCACUCCUCUCAGAGUCAACCUAACCUUAACCCUUCCCCUACACUCAUUCUCAAUAACAGCUUUAUCAGUGUUUUUCUUCGUAUCGCCCAUGUUUUGCACAUCAUAUUACUUCCUGGCACACGCAGUGAAAGAUGAUAUAUUCCUGCAGCUUUUAGUCGCACUGAUCAAUUCCUUUUGAAAGGUGAAUGUAUUGACAGUGAAGUGAAGCGAGGAGCCACACAAAGCACUAGUCCAUACUUUUUCUGUGGCCAUAUUGUCUGCUCAUCUUUUUUUUGUAACUCCAAGGUAACACGUUUGCAGCACCAAUAAGCAUUUGUUUAGAUCCUGAGCUGGUCUCUGAGAAGUCAGUGAUCCGGGUGACGCGGGUGAGCUGCCGCUAUUGUGAACCAAUAGAUUCCAACACAUCUGAAGAUGACUGGUCCGAGUGCGUGUCCUUACGUCAAUGGAUACCAAAGAGAUAGGGAAAGAGAGAUGUGUAGUGAUAGGCAUUUCAGCUUUGUAGCCUGCUUUUCUUCUUAGAUUAAAACUGGGUAUAAAGUCUGGAUUCCUGGUACGCACUAAAACAGAUUACACAUAUUUAAGUUUGACCUUGUAAUGUUUUAAAAGAAGAUCAAUAUUUAGCAUUUGGACAAAGCAAGUUGGCACUGUCAGAACUGUUCUGAUUGUAUUAACUUGAGUUUAAUAUGUGGACACUUCAGAAUAGAUUUGCAACAGACACUUGACCAAAAUAGCACUUUGUCUUACUGCAAAUGUACGUUUUGGCUGUAAAUCAUGCUCUGAAAAUAUGCUAAAAUAAAAAAUAAAAAAAACACAAAAAAAAAAAACACAAUAUUGCAAACACAAUUAAACAGAAACAAUUGUGGCUGUAGCUUUCUAUCUAUGAAUAAAGUAUUCUCCUUCUCCUUCAACUCUAAAGGCAGCUCUUCCCUGAAGCCAGUUAAAGCAAGGAUUGUUUACACUUGUUCACUUUUCACACUGAAAGUAUGACAUAAUCAUAUGCCCUUUUCAGUAAAGAAGUCCAGAGUCAAGUGCAUUCAGAAAUCACAAUGUUAAAAAAAUGAAUGUAUAGUUGUAUUGGGGGAUAAAAAAAAAUCUAUAUUUUUAUGCGAUCAGCCUUAUACUAAUGGAGCCAUAUGAACUGUACUAAGAAGGUCUUCUAUGUGAAUAAUGAGAAGUUUACUUGAAAUCGAAGCUUUGCUAUAAAGAGAUUACGGGACACGUUUUUGUAAAUUUUGAGUGUACUAAUGUCUAUUUUUCUGCAAGAGUCAUGCAACUGUUUUGUGGACUUUUGUGUGUGUUUUUGUUAAAUGAUGUUUACAAAUUAAGACAGGGUUCAGGUGCAUUAUAUUUUGUAAAAUAUAGAAAAUAAUAUAUGGACAAUUUAUAUUUUGGCACUGAUUCUCAAAAUAAUUCAGAAAUAUCUGAUAUUGACCAUUUAAUGAUACGAGGGCACUCAGGUAUUUGCAUAGGAUGUUGAAUUUCUGAUGUAUUAUUUAUGAAUAAUACAGGCAAAAAUGUAAAAAAAAAAAAAAAAAAAAAGCAUUGUAAAUCUGGUGAAGGAAGUUGAACCCUGUUUAAAUGAAGACGCGCUGUGAAGAACAUUAUGUAUAUUUUAUAAGGAAUGGGAUUGUUUAUUAAACAAUGGAUGUCACUGCCUCGUCUUGGUUUCUGUAUCUCACACAAAUUACUCAAUAUUACCAGCCACUAUGGUUCUCCAGGCACUUGUAGCCCUAUAUUACAACUAAUACUAAACUAUUCUAUUGUUAUAAAAUGUUGUGGAGAAACUUACAGUCAGUUUUGUCAUUUAUG